AUGAUUUUGACUAAGGGCGUCCAGGUGGUGGUUCCAUGUACGGCAGUCAAAGUUGGUGUCGACGGCAGUGGCGGCGGUGGCGGUGGAUGCGCCAGCGGCAGCAGCGGUGGGGGAGCUGUUCAGGGCGCUGCGCCUGGUGGCGGCGGCGGCGGCGGGCAGCAGCAGCCCUCCGGCACUGGCAGCGGCAGUGGCACUAAUGUGCAUGUGACGGCGCCCUUCACUACCGUCUCCGUCGUCGGCGGCCGCAGCGGUGGCGGCGGUGGCGGCGGCGGUGGCGCCCCCACUUCUCCUAGCGCCGGUGGCGGCGGUGGCGGCGGCAGCGGAGCCGAUGUGCAGGUCACGGCUCCAUUCACGACUGUUUCCGUUGACACUAAGGUAUGCUGUGUCAAACCAUCUAUCGUACCGCCAUCCAGGCGUCUCACCCCCAUUUCUCUUGUUUAUGUACGGUACUUUGCCAUGGCAGGGGCAGUGGAGCUUCGGAAAGACUGUCAAUUACAAUCCGGGCAGCGGAGGCUGUUACGUUUGGGGUCCUUGGUUCUGGGGCUACGGCUGCGUGGACAGACGGAAGCUGCAGCAGCAGGUGUUGGGCGGCGGCGGCGGCAGCAGCAGCACAGGUCGCACGGAGUUAGCGGUAGCGUGAGCGCCCCCUACACCCGAGUUACCUGGGGCACUGGACGUCGCCUCCAGAGCACUGGUGACUCCGCGGGAACUGCCGACACGGGGGCUGGCAGCCGGGGGCUGAAGCAGGUCGUCGUCGGCGCCGGUCCCAAGGGCUAUGUGAAUGUCGGCAACAGUGUUCGGGUGCGCUGGAACGCUGGCGGCCGCCGCCGCAAUCUGCAGAGCGGUACCCAGGUUUCUGUGAAUGCCGGGCCGAGCGGUAGCGUGAGCGCCCCCUACGCCCAAGUUUCCUGGGGACGUCGGCUCCAGAGCACUGGUGACUCCGCGGGAACUGCUGACACGGGGGCUGGCGGCCGGGGGCUGAAGGAGGUAGUGGUCGGCGCGGGUCAAAACGGCUUCGUCUAUGUUGAUGGACUGGUGGGGAUGCAGUGGAGGGGCGGUCGCCAUCGCCGCAGCCUGCAGAGCGACGGCGGCACAAAGAGCACUGGUGACUCCGCGGGAACUGCCGACACGGGGGCUGGCAGCCGGGGCCUGAAGGAGGCUUCCAGCAAGGGCAACAACUACCCAACAACCACCGUUACAGCUCCAACGACCACCGUUACAGAUACCAACAAGAAGACGACGGUAAAUACUGACUGGGCGGACGUGACGGUGAACAAGGGCGACGGCAGCUGUAUGUUCCUGAUCCACCACAUCCUGAACACCAUAGCACUCCUUAGCAAUGGCUGCAACAGCCAAAACAGCAAUACUAAUACAAACAAUAACAACAACAACAACAACAACAACAGCAAUAACAACGGUAACGGCAACAGCGGCUGCGUCACCGCUCCGUACACCAGGGUGACUUGGGGCAAGGGUUGCAAGUGA